AAACACCCCUCCACAGUCGCAAUGGCACCCAUAAAACGAAAAGCAGAGGGUGGAAACGCCCCUGCGAAGAAGGAAAAAAUAUCAACAACCGACAGGUCUUCCAAAAGACGCCGGACAUCCGAUGCUGCUGCCGACAACGCAAAGCCUGCCAACUCUAAGUCCUCUAGCAUUGCUCAGAAAUCGGUCUUCAAUGAGGAGGAAAAGUCAUUCCCGAGAGGUGGCGCAAGCGUGCUGACACCAUUGGAGCACAAACAAAUUCAGGUCAAGGCAAAUCAGGAUGUGCUUUUCGAACAGGCCGGUCUCAAGCCCUCCGGCGCUGGCGACUCGGACGGCGCAGAGUCGGAUUUCGAUGUCGACAUGGAGGAUGCACCAAAGGCAUCGAAGAAGAAGAAGAAGUCAAAGAAGGGGAAGAAGAAUGACAAUGACGAGGAUGUAGAGAAGAUAAUCAAAGUUGAAAGUCUUAGUUUCAAGAGACUCGCACAAGGCACCAUGGUACUCGGUCAGGUCGCCGAAAUCACCUCGAGAGAUAUAGUUCUUGCCCUGCCUAACAACCUCGUCGGUUACGUUCCCCUCACCGCCAUAUCUGACAAGAUGAACGAAAAGAUUGAGAAGUUGAUCGCUGAAGAAGAACCAACCGACGAAGGUGGUAGUGACUCUGAAGACUCAGAUGAAUUGAAUCUCGAGGAUAUGUUCUAUGUUGGACAAUACCUCCGCGCUCGCGUAACCGCAACUGGCGAUGACAGUGUCGCAGAGGGAUCGACAAAGAAGAGGAUCGAGUUAUCCGUCCAGCCCAGCCUUGUCAACGGCGGCAUCGAGAAAUCAAGCAUUGUCGCCAACACUGCUCUUCAAGCAUCCGUACGAAGCAAAGAAGAUCACGGCCUCAUCAUGGACAUGGGAGUGGAUGACCCGAAAUUGAGCGGCUUCCUAGCUAAAAGCGAGCUUGACCCCAAGAUGGAUUUUUCCAAGGUUCAGGAGGGAUCUGUGUUCCUCUGCUAUGUCUCUGGAACAUCUUCGAAUGGCCGAAUCAUUAAGUUGUCGUCCGAUCACCAGAAAUUUGGCAACCUGAAGAAGCUCAACCACGUAUCUGAAGCUCCAACGAUCGACGUUUUCCUUCCUGGUACCGCUGUAGAUCUACUUGUUACUGAUUCCACCGCAACAACUGUCACCGGCAAGAUCAUGGGAAGCCUCGACGCGACUGCAGAUGUCAUACAUUCCGGAUCGGCCUUCAAAGGGGAUGAUGUGAGUGAGAAAUACAAGAUUGGCUCGAGGGCAAAAGCAAGAAUUAUCUGCACAUUCCCAGGUGCCGAUCCCAAAAAAGUGGGCAUUUCAAUGCUCGAUCACAUCGUUGCUUUGGCCCCUUGCCUAUCUGGAAAGCCGAAGGAAAAGAAAGACCCGCUCACAUUAGCGCCACUCUCUUCUUUUAUCGAAGAGGCGAAGGUUAUCAAGGUUGAGCCUCGAUCCGGUGUUUAUUUUGAUAUUGGUAUCAGAGAUGUGUCGGCAUUUGCUCACAUAUCGAGACUGACGGACGGUAAAAUCGAAGUUCUCUCUGACGACUCUGGUCCUUUCAAGUUGGGAGCUAAGCACCGAGCACGAAUUUUGGGGUAUAACUCCCUGGAUGCCGUUUUCCAACUAUCUCUAGAGACCAAAGUACUCGAACAGCCGUUCCUCCGCGUCCAGGAUAUCAAAGUUGGUCAGGUUGUGAAAGGAAAGGUCCACAAGAUCAUUAACGACCGGAGGGGAUUCACCAAUCUACUUGUAAAUCUCGCCGAAAAUAUCACGGGCCUAGUCCCUGAGAUACAUCUUGCCGAUGUCCGACUACAGCAUCCUGAGCGCAAGUUUAGAGAAGGAGCCUCCGUUACGGCGAGAGUUCUCUCUAUCGACUACGAGAAACGCAAUGUCCAACUGACUUUGAAGAAGUCUCUUGUUAACUCGGACAUUGAGCCCUGGACUGAUUAUUCUGCCAUUUCUGUGGGAGACAAGGGUGUAGGAACAUUAGUAGAUGUGCAGCAAGGCGGAGCGAUCGUUCGAUUUUACGGGGAUGUCACAGCUUGGCUCCCAGCUGCCGAGAUGAGCGAGGCAUACAUCGAAGAUGCCACUAAACAGUUCAAGAAGGGCAGUGUGGUAAAUGUCCGUGUGAUAUCGAUUGAUCCAAAGGCAGAACGGAUGUUGGUAUCCUGCAAAGAUCCUGAUGCUGUUGAUCCUGAAAAGGAUGCCCUCUUCAGGUCCCUGACCACUGGCGAUAUUGUGCGUGGCACAGUCAUUGAGAAAUCCGAUGAGUCAAUAACUGCCGAUCUUGGCCAUGGAGUGAAGGGAGUAUUGAGGAUUGGUCAGCUUACAGAUGGAUCAGAAAAGAAGGAUAAGGCCACAAUGGCGAAGGUUCGUGUUGGUGGACCUAUCGAAGACGUGGUAGUGUUGGAUAAACAUGAUAAGUCACGCACUGUUACCUUAUCCAACAAACCAAGCCUCCGAAAAGCAGCACAGUCCACUACCCUUAUCACGAAGUUCCAGGAUAUCCAGACAGGACAGGUCGUGCAUGGUUUCGUGCGUGGCAUUCUACCAAACCAAGUCUUCGUUGAAUUCGCUGGGGGUGUGGUCGGCCUACUCUUCUCUUCCCAGAUCCCAGACGAGAUGAGAACUACUGUCAACUUUGGCCUCCGACGAGAUCAAUCAAUCACUGCCAGAGUUACUCAUGUAGACGUUGGGCAAGCACGAUUCUGGCUCUCUAUGAGGUCGGAGACUGAUCCUGCAGCAAAUUUCACCACGCCGGAGGUGACUGGAGAGGCAACCGUCAAUGCCGUCGACGAUAAGGUCAAAUCUACGACUGAUCUUCAGUUUGGAACAUCGCUCAACGUCCGAGUCAAGUCCGUGAAAGACACUCAGGUUAACGUCCAGGUGUCGGAUAAUGUCCAAGGCCGUAUCUCUGUGGCCGAGUUGUUUAACAACUGGGAUGAAAUUAAAGACAAAAAACGACCCCUGGCCCAAUUCAAGGCGAACGACAUCAUAUCUGCCCAGGUUCUCGGUGCUCAUGAUGCUAGAAACCACCGAUUCCUUCCAAUCACGCAUCGACAAGGCAAGGUACCCAUCUUCGAGCUUACAGCGAAGAAGGCAGAAUUGAAGAGCAAGCACGAUGUUUUGGCCCUAGAGAAGAUCAAGAGCGGCUCAUCGCAUAUCGCUUUCAUCAACAACAUUGCCGACCGCUAUGUUUGGGUAAACAUCUCUGCUAACGUCAGAGGACGCAUCGCAUUCCUGGAUCUUUCCGAUGACCUCUCGUUACUCUCCGAUGUAGAGGCUAAUUUCCCACUGGGAUCUGCGCUAAAGGUCCGAGUCAAAGCAGUCGACACGGCUGCAGGCCGUUUGGAUCUUACCGCAACAUCUGUGUCGGCAAAGUCGUCGACAUUGAAAGAUAUGAAGCCUGGACUUAUUCUGCCCGCACGAGUCACCAAAGUUACUGGCUCAUCAAUCAUCGUGCAAAUCAAUGAGAAUAUUGCUGGCCCUAUCUACCAGGAACAUCUCGCCGACGAUUACGAUCUAGCAAAGCCAACUGAUCACAAACCGGGAGAGGUCAUUCGUGUCUGUGUCACUGAAGUUGACCUGCCGAACAAGAAGCUUGGACUGUCCGCUCGCCCCUCGAGGGUGCUCAGCUCCUCACUUCCCAUCAAGGAUGUUGAAAUCAAGGAUAAAUCGGAAUUGAAGGUGCAGCAAGUCGUUCGCGGUUUCAUCAAGCGCUUCGCUGACAAUGGUGUUUUCGUACGUCUUGGUCCUCAUGUCGAUGCAUUCGUCAAGAUUGCCAACCUCUCCGACUCUUACAUCAAAGACUGGAAGUCAGGUUUCCAGAUUGAUGAAUUGGUUCAGGGCAAGAUCAUUGCCGCCGGACCCGACCUCCGUACUCCUCAGAUGUCUCUUAAGAAGUCGAUUGUGGAGGGCAACUUUGCUCAACUGCUUGAGUUCAGUGACAUGACUGCCGGACAGAUCGUUACUGCCAAGGUCCGAAAGGUUCAGGACUACGGUGUUUUCCUCGUUGUCGAUAACUCACAGAAUGUCAGUGGUUUAUGCCAUGUUUCUGAGCUUGCUGAUAAGAGAGUGAGCGAUGUCAAGUCUCUUUACAAGGAAGGAGAUGUUGUGAAGGCCAAGAUCUUAUCAGUAGACACCGGAAAGAGAAGAAUUAGCUUUGGCCUCAAGUACUCGUACGUGAGAGAGGAGAACGAAGAGGAUUCUGACGAGGAGAUGGGAAGUGGCGAUGAGGAUGAUGAGGAUGCAUCGGACAGCGAAGACUUGGAUGACGAGGAUAUCGAAAUGCGCAGUGUGAAGGAUGCUGAGAGCGACGAAGAAGAUAUUGCCGCAGAUGCCGAAUCCGAAAGCGACAACGACGAUGAAGUUCCAGAAACCUCCGCUUUGACUGCAGGAGCUGGCUUAAGCACUUCGGGAUUCGACUGGACUGGCGCCACUUUGGAUUUCGACGAGCCUAAUGCGGCCGCUGCUGCAUCUUCUGACGACGAGGGCACCAAGAAGAAGAAAAAGAGCAAGAAGGCAACCAUCAAAGAAGACCGAACAGGCGAUCUAGAUGCAUAUGGGCCCCAAUCAGUCGCUGACUAUGAGCGUCUCCUGCUUGGUCAACCUAACAGCGCCGAGCUCUGGGUCCGAUACAUGGUCUUCCAGCGUGAACUUAACGAGAUCGACAAGGCACGCCAAAUCGCAAGGCGAGCACUGGCAACGAUGAAUACUCGGGAAGAGAAAGAGCGACUUGACAUCUGGACUGCCCUCUUGCAUCUCGAGAACGAGCACAGCAGCGAUGACACUGUCGAAGAGACAUUCAAAGAGGCCCGCCAGAACAACGACGACCGCGAGAUACAUGAACGCAUGAUCAAGAUCUACAUUUCUUCUGGAAAGCUUGAUAAAGCAGAUGAGCUAUAUCAAUCCAUGAUGAAGAAUAAGUCCUUCACGCCUACCACAUCCUUCUGGCUCUCAUUCGCAUCAUUCCUUUUCUCAACCCUACAGCCGCCAUCACCGGCUCGCGCUCGCGCACUUCUGCCUCGUGCCACGCAGUCCGUCCCCACUUCAGAGCACCGCUACUUGACGACCAAGUUCGCUGCUCUUGAAUUCAAGUCCCCCAACGGCGAUGCUGAGCGUGGUCGUACCAUCUUCGAGGGCCUUGUCGACACAUGGCCAAAGAAAGGUGAUCUCUGGGACACGUAUCUGAGUCUUGAGCUCAGCCACGGCAGCGAGAAUAACGUCCGUGAUCUGUUCGAGCGGAUGAGCAAGCAGAAGAUGAAGAAGAAGCGAGCGGCGACUGUGUUCAAGCGCUGGAGAGACUGGGAAGUGAAGGUCGGAAACAAGAAGGGAGUCGAGAAGGUCAAGUCUCUAGAAAAGGAGUGGAAGGAGAAGAAGGAGGAGGGAGACGAGCAGAACGACGCUGAUGAGUAGAACCAUAUGUACAUGCAGUACAUAGCAGAAGACUUGGUAUAAAGGAAUCAUGUACGCGACCGACUAAGGCAUUUACAACAUGCGCAGCGCAUGCAUACCGGCGUUAUUUGAUGAAAAGGGGAAACCAAAAAUAUGUAAAAAUUUUCAACUU